GCAAUUUCUAAAUUUAGAACCCACCUAUCACUCUAUCGGCUCGACCAUCAAAUCGUCGCUGUUCUUCGUACGUUUCCGGCGAACUCUCUCUCUCUCUCUCUCUCUCUCUCUCUCUCUCUCUCACAUCCAUGAUGAACUAAAUUGAAGGACUUGGUUUGGUGAGUACAUGAUUCAAUGCAAUUUCAAUUACGAAGUAGCUGUUAUAUUAUGUAGAGAGAUUUGGAACAUUCGCAGUUUGCCCUACAUGCCUUCAAUCCCUAAGUAGUAAUUGAAAUUGGAGUUUUAUAGUGUAGGAAUUUGAGAAAUGGUAUUUUGAUAUGCCCUGCUACUCACUGGGAUUUGAAGUGCAGACAGGCUGCAGGGUGAGGAUGCUUAUCACCGACUCAAUUUCAUCUCAUAUCAUACCAGCUCUUGGAGUGGGUGGUGCACAUGGAAAGCUUCCAUCAUAUAAACAUGAUAGUCGGCAAUGGGGGAAAGCAAGGCAUAAAACCUCUUGCUCUCUUCAAGUUUCAGUUCCUCCAGGGGUUCAAUUCAUGAAAUCCAAUGCUGGGCAGUGCUUCAACUCACAAGCAUUAGCUUUUGUGCAAAGAUUAGCACUCCUAGAUUUGGAUCCUUCCACUGCCAAGUUGGCCAUUGGCUUUGUUGAACCCCUCUUAUCGGUGUUUUCUUUCUUGUUCAUUCUGAGGAUAGUGAUGUCAUGGUACCCUAAACUCCCCGUCUGGGAAUUUCCUUACAUGAUAGUGUAUGCACCGACAGAGCCUUUGUUGAGAGCAACGCGAAAAGUGAUACCCCCUCUUGGCGGAGUGGAUGUCACACCUGUGGUCUGGUUUGGACUGGUCAGCUUCCUUAAUGAAAUUCUGGUUGGCCCCCAAGGCUUGCUCGUUCUCUUAUCUCAACAAUUAGGCUCCUAAGGGUCAUGGUAAGGAUGUAAUAUGUCCAUGUUAAUACUAUGGUCACUUUUGUACACUGCAUUGAAGUGAGUAAGCAUAUGUGUGUGGUAACAGACAUGUGAGGGACAUGUGCACACCACAUUUUUAUGAAUGAUUGGAUAAUACGUAGUAAUCUAUGUAAUAACCGUUAUGUAGUACUCCCUCCGUCCCUAAAAGUUCUUCCAUACUACAAAUGACACACAAAUUAAGAAAGUGGGUAUUGUGUGGUAGAGAGUUGAGCAGAGGAGAGCGAAAUGUGUAAGAAUUGUUGUAAACCACAAAUUUUUUGACAAAAAGAGAAAGUGAAGUUCUUUUUGGGACAAACAAAAUGGAAAGUUCUUUUAGGGACGGAGGGAGUAUCUAUUUUCUAUUACUAAUAGUCUAAUAUUGUUAUAUAAAAGUAUAAAACCAAUUUUUUUUGCUACAUUUCCCCCCGCCAAAACAAUCAUAAUAUCCCAUGUAACUCAUUGCAGUGGAAAAUAACCACAAAAUAUCAAUAAAAUGUCAUAUGAAGUCGUAGUUUUUCUUCUCCGUUUUCGGGAUUUAGCAAGAAGCUUUACAAAAUAAAACUGUUCGCUCCUCCCCACAAAAACCGGAUCGCAUACAAGCGAUUCACACCCGGGCAGGCAAGCAUCUUCAUCGAUCGUCUCCCUUGAUCGAUCGAUUUCCGUCUAAUUCCCACAAAGCCCCAUCUACGGUCAUCGGCGUUCUUCCCGGGCCUUCCCCACCGAACCCUUCUUUUCCUUUCAUUGCGAAAGGGAUUAAAUCUUCGCCAGAGGGACUCGAUCGAUUUUAGCAGCAGGGAGUUAUAUAUCUAUUUCCGGCACCGGAGGAAUUCAUCGAUCAAUUCUUAUUCGCAGAGAGCUCAUCAUCGUUGCAUCUUCACCAUUGCUCGGCCCACCUCCUAUUAAGAUGCAUCGAUCUGAUCUUAAUCCAUGUAUUUUCAUCACCAACAUUUAUACUAUAAUCUCUUGCCUGAAUGAUUUUAAAUGAUUGAUCAAUCCACUGGUUAAGAACGACGAAUAAUUUUUUUUACAAAUUGCUAUAUGAGUAAUCUCACAAAUUGAUUUGAUAUACUUGACUACUGAUGGAAUAAUGAGUUCCCC